AUGAGGCUCAUACAGGUGUAUAUAUUUUUGAGUAUGUUCAAAGGCUGCAUUGAGGAGAUUGGUGAAGAGAAUGUAGUUCAAGUGGUUACUGAUAAUGCUGCUAACAAUAUGGCUGCGACAAGAAUGAUGAAAGAGAUCAAACCGAGUAUAUUUUGGACAUCAUGUGCGACUCACUCCAUCAUUUUGAUGCUUGAAAGCAUAUCGAAACUCACAAAGUUCAAAGGCACAAUUCAGAUGGCGAAAGACUUCACAAUAUUCAUAUAUGCUCAUCAUAAGACAUUGGCGUUGAUGAGAACAUUCACAAAUAGGACAGAGAUUGUGAGACCUGGUGUUACUAGAUUUGCAUCAUCAUUUCUUACUUUGCAAAGUCUCUUGGACAAGAGGUAUCAACUAGCAGCCAUGUUUUCUAGCGUUUUUGGACCAUUGGUCAAACUGCUUCGACUUGUUGAUGGAGAUAAGAAGCCUACAAUGGGAUUUCUGCAUGGAGAACUGAUAGAAGGAAAGAAAAAGAUCAGUGAUGGAUUAAAACAUGUGGAAAAAAAUGUUAAGCCGAUAUUGAGUAUCAUUGAAGAAAAGAUUAAUGGUCGACUUGACAAUCCUUUGCAUCUGACAAGUUAUUUGUUGAACCCAUACUACUUAUAUAAAGAUUCAAGCCAAGCCAACAGUGAUGAGGUACAUACAAAGAAACGAAACAGACUUGCUGUAAGUCGAAUGAACAAUCUUGUGUAUGUCCAAUUCAAUUUAAGAUUGAUGAACCAAAGGAAGAGACAAAAGGAGAAUAAUGUUGAUAUAUUGGUUGCGAAUCAUGCUGUUAAUGCUCAAUCAUGGUUAGUUGAUGGGAUUUCCAAUGAUAGAGAGGACUCACAAUUCGAUUUACAAGGUGAUAUAGGAGAAGAAGAACCAUUUCGAUCAAAAAUUGAUGAUGCAGAUCAAAUUAGAGAGUUAAAUGAUGAGGAUGAUUUCAUAUCCGACAAUGAAGAAGAACUUGAUGAUAUUGAUUGCGAGUCUGACGAUGACCAGAUUCUACAAGUCGACGGAGAAGAAGAACUUGAAGAUUAA